GGCGGCAGUCGGCUAUCAUCGGUGCUAGCGUAAACGUCUUGAGCAAAGAAAGAUUAGUGAUUAACUAGUGCGAAUAUUUGUAACCUUAAUCUGUUGUGAUCUGAAAUAUAACAGUUAUCCAGACGAGUUGAGGAGUUUUAUUACAAGUCAGAAGUUGGAUUGAGCUUACGUUGCUCGCCAUGCCGGACGGAAAAAAUGAUGCGGAAGGGCACACGCCGAGGCGCCCCAAGUGUAAGCGCAGGAGAAGGAGGUCCACGACACCAGAACGCGCUGGCGAAGCUUCUGACGAUGAGCAGAGUUACACGCCGAAGCGCCCCAAACGUAAGCGCAGGAGAAGGAGAUCCAUGACACCAGAUGACGCUGGCGAAACUUCUGGUAAGAGGAGCCGAACGGGAGUAACUGCAGAUGAACUGUUGAAGAUAAUAACUGCGCUUCAAGGAGUACCAAGUAAGAGCACUUCCACUAAUAAUGUUGUUCCGGAAUUCGACCCUAACAACAGAGCUCAAGAUGUCGAACGAUGGAUCAAGAAGGUGAACGAGUGCGCCGAGAUUUAUUCUUGGGAUGAGAAGCAGAUAAUACACUAUGCGCUCCAGAAGUUACGUGGAUUAGCUAAAAGUUGGUACGAGUCCCUGCCAUCCCUCAGUUACUCGUGGGAUGUCUGGCAGAGUAAAUUAAUGAAAGCUUUCCCGAAUGAUGUCAAUUAUGGUAAACUACUAGAUGAAAUGUUAAGCCGAAGAUCUCGCACAGAUGAAACUCUUAGAGAUUAUUUUUAUGAGAAAUUAGCGUUGUUGAGUCGGUGCGAGAUUGUCGGUCGGAAGGCAGUUGAUUGUAUAAUCUAUGGGAUCAAUGACAGCUCAGUUAGAAACGGAGCCCAAGCCCUCAAAUGUGAGGAACCGGAGGACCUGUUAAAUUAUUUAGCAUCUCAACAGUCCACGCAAUCUAAAGACGCAUCAAGGGGCCCGUUAGCUUCAAAUUCAUUAAAGAGACGCGACUUUCGUAGUAACCCUUCUGACAAAAGCACUGUUAGCAAUAGGGGAGCAGACUCCACUUGUUUUAAUUGUCAUGAGCGGGGCCAUGUUUACCUGAAUUGUCCCAAACCAAUCGUCAAGUGCGGCAAAUGCCAUAGAGUAGGGCAUAAUGACGAAAAUUGCUCUAGGAGACCGUUACAAACGCAUUCGCGUAAUACCAGUAGCUCAAGCAGUCAGCCUACUGACAAAAAGGUGCUAAAAGUAGCUGUAGAUGUUGAUAGUUCAAUAUUAGAUAAGGUCGAAACAAGAGCAUCCUUUGACAUGAAAGCGUCUAAAAGUUGUUCCAGCACUUCUAAUCAUGCUAACCCUUUUAAUGAGAGCGUAGAUGACUCCGCAAACGAGAAGUUUUAUAAGACUAUUUGCGUUAACGGACAAAUGUUAGGCGCUUACAUUGACUUUGGGUGUGCGCGUAGUCUAAUGCGGUAUACAGAUGCAGUCGCGUUAGGAUUAAUAAAAAGUGAAAGCACAUUGUUGCCCACCUUAAGAGGAUUUGGUCAUUCGGCGGUCGUGCCUAAAGCCAAGGCUACUGUCCAUGUUAGGAUUGACGAAGUUGAGAUGGAGUUGAAUGUUUUGGUUGUGGAUGACAUGUAUUUGGAAGAUUCACUGAUGAUCGGACGGGACUUUACAGAAAAGCCAUGUGUAACAGCAUUGAAAAAUAAUAAACAAUUAUUCCUUUAUCAUACUCCUUCUGAACUUUCCGAAAAUCAAAAUCAGGCUAUCGGUCUUUAUGUCUUUAAAGAUGCUACAGUAGUAAAGGGAGGUUUAUUAGAGGUAUGUACAAAAGAGACUUACACUGGCAACGUUUACUCGGACGGUGGAACCAGGAUGAGUCCCAAUCAAGAAUAUCACUUACACCAGGGUUAUUAUGAGGUGAAGGAGAGUAGAGCAGUAGUAUUUGUAACUUCAUUAACUAAAGCGCCGCUCAACUUUAGGGCAGGGACAUUAAUAGCGAGAGUCAAUCCAAUUACAGAAGUCAAGACUUUGAUUGUUCAGGCUGAAGACAAUGAAAGGGGAAUGAAGCCGAUUGAGAAAUCUGAAAUUAGAGUAGGCAAAGGGGUCGAUGAGAAAACCCGCGAGAAACUUCAUCAGCUCCUCCAGAAAUAUAGAUCUUGUUUUGCCCAAAACCUUAACGAGCUAGGAUGUGCUAAAGAUGCUAUUAUGGAUAUAGAUUUACAUGAUAAGACGCCGGUAGUCUAUAGGCCUUAUCGAUUGUCGCAUCCCGAGCGUCAAAAGGUGAGGGAUAUUGUUGAUGAAUUGGUUUAAAAA